CCCCUAGAAAUGAAUGAAAAUGAAACGUCGUCCUCGGCCUGCCCGUUGCCAUGACAACCCUGCAGCGUCCUCCUCCCUGACUCCUGCACCGCCUCGCCUCCGUGACUCCCUGCACAGGCUGGGGAAGGAUCUCGACAGUUUUCUUCCGGCCACAUCAUUAAUAAACCAACACUACAAGACCUGCCUGCCAGUGGUUCCUUCAGCCCGGCAGCCCCUUCAGAGCCCUCCAGCACACAACAACCUUCCUACAUAAGUUUGGCAGCCUCGCAGGACCCAGCCCCUCCCCAACAGCCCCCAGCGACCUGCACCUUUGGGACUAGGGGCUGUUUUUCCAUGCCCUAACCAGCCCCCUAAGACACUGAAGAAGAAGGUGGAGUGGUCUACCCAGCCCCCUGAAACACUGCAGAAGGUGGAGCCCUGCGUCAGCCAUGGUGGUGCUGCACGUGAAGCGCGGCGACGACUCCCUCUUCCUGCUGGAGGCGAGGGUGGGGGACGGCGUGGCUGAGGUGCUGCAGCGGGUGGUUCUGCUGCAUAACGCCCGGCUAAAGGUGCUGCGGGUGUGUACAGCCCUGGAGCAGCUGGCAGAGCACGGCCCCGCCCAGCCCCCAGCCAUGCAGGGGCUGACGGAGGAGCAGGUGACGGAGCUUGGCCUGCUGGAUGAGUGGGCUGAAAAGUGUGUGGCCAGCGGAGGGGAGGAGGAGAACCAGGACCCGACAGGCAGAAGAAGAGGAAGGCGACCCAAUGAGAAGAUGAGGAAGGUUUUAACGGACACCGUGAGGGAGGCAAAGGGACUCAUCUCCAAGGAGUUGGUGAAGGCUGGCACCUCGCUGACCCCCCAGCAUGCCGGGGACGCGCUGGCCAUGCUGGGGGGGGCGGUGGGGGUGGUGUAUCCCAUGGGCCUGCCCCCCCACGACCCAGUCCGGGAGGAGCUGGAGAACAGGGAGGACUUGACGGAGACCCAGGACGGCAAGAUGGUUCUGGAUCCUGCCACAACUCAGCUGUGGUUCGCCAGCAAGGAACUUCAGUGUGACAAAAAACUGAGCGAUUACCUGGGGACCAACGAGAAGACCAAGGUCAUCAUCAAGGUCCAGCGGAGAGGUCACGGGGCACCAGGUCGUGAGCCGCACCUCUCCGUCGAGCAGCAGAAGGCUCUUAUGGCGGCUGAGUUCAGAAGACGCGAGGAGCUUAAGCGUCUUGAAGAGGACAGCGACGACACCUUCUUGGACAGUGGCUGGGCAGACUCACAGCACCUCCACCGAUCCUUUCAGGGCCUGUGUAACAUAUCCUGGAAGCCACACUAACACACACACACAACCACAUACAACCACACACACACACACACAACCACACACACAACCACACACAAAACCACACACAAAACCACACACAACCACACACACACACCUUGCCCCUGUCCGCCCAGUCCUGUGGCCGUCCAUGCAGCGCUUCAAGGCUCUCCUGCUGUUCUGCGUGGCGCGCUGAGCAUGGCCAUGCGGCGCUUGGCAGGGGAGGCAGCGGCUGUGUCCUCCUGGGUGCUGAGGUUCAGCAGCUGUGUGUGUCUGCAGGGCAGGAGGGGAUACAGUGUGCUCCCCGGUAGGCCACCUGUCCGACUAGCCUGCACACAGUGGCGGGACAGUCCAGCUGUCAGCCAGCCUUCAGCAGCGGUCUGUUAGGGAGAACAGAGGAUGUUACUCAACACAGAAAAGGACAUUUCAGUUUCUCAAGAGUGAGAGAAAUAGUCUACUGAAGUCUUUCCUGUUCAUCAGUCACCUUGGGUGUGACUGGCAGGAUUAGCGGAGAGGCCACGUCAUUGCUGCCUCUCUCUCUCAUAACUACUUACCAGUUUUAAAUAUUCUGUGUACACAUGAUGAGAAAAAUAAUUUUACAAAAGAUUAGUUUUAUGAGGACAAAGGUCACUGCUCCAGUCACCCAGCCUUAAAAUGUCAGGUCGCUAAACACUUUUACCUCAUGGGUGGUGCAGAGAAUUAUUAAAACAAUAAAAAAUUUAAUGGCAAAAAGAAAGAGGGGGUGGGUCCUUUAUGUGUCUGUGGGGUUUGUAAAUAUACUGUAGGGAGACAUCCUGUGUGUCCUGUGUGCUGUGGAGAGAGAGAGAGAGAGAGAGAGAGAGAGAGAGAGAGAGAGAGAGAGAGAGUUUCAGGGCUGUGUUGUGCUGUUUCUCAUUAACAACAUUUCAACAGAGCGUUGGACAAGGAAGAUAAUUUGGCAGAGCACGUUUCAGACCUCACCCUGUUUUCAUCCAUGUGGUUCACCAACAAAAUGUGGAUGACCAAAGUACUCAUGAGGGACAUGCAAUGACAGAGUCUGGCAGGUGGAGUGGUUCCCGACACAGGGCCGGCGUGGUGGUGCCAUGAUGUGGUCCGUGGCUAGCGCACCGCAAACCACCUGUGCCAGAUUGUUGCAUUACGUGUCUCUUAUGAGUGCUCUCAUCAUCCACACUGUUAAUGAACCAUAGUGAUGAAAUUAUGGCAAAGUCUGAAGCACCUUGCCAAAGUAUCAUCGCUAUGCGACGCUUUGUUAACCCUUUCACUAUGGCUGGGCCAAAACAGCGCCCCGCACCAUAUCUGGGAUCGCCGCACGCGCCAUAUUUCAAAUGUCACUCUUGAAUAUAAGAAGUUUUCAGCCAUAAACACAAAAUAAUCAUCAUGUAUUAUAUAUAAAAACAUGCAGAAUUAAAUGGUGCACAUAAGGAAACAUUAAUUAUUUGAUAAUUUUGAGAUGUAAGCAUAAAUAUAGAUAAAAUAACUCGUAUAUUGGCUAAAGUGAGCCAGGACGCAGUAUGCGCAUCCUCGGAUAUGGUAUGGGGCACGCAAGGACGCAGUAUACACGUCCUUGUGUUGAAGGGGUUAAAGUUAUUCCCGAGAAAGAUAUAACAUGGCCCCUGAAACCCUUACAGUCUCUCUCUCUUUAAAACCCACAGUGGCUUUGUUGCCUCACACAUCAACACUGUAAGAAGUGUACACUGUAUUCAGUGAGCCGUGACCUCUGCUCACCAUCUGUCUUCAAGACU